AAAAAAAUCUUUGGACUACUUCUAAUGUUGUUACUCUAUCAUGAUGUCCUACAGCUUUAAUUGCAGAUUCAAUAUCAUCGAUUAUGAAUGUGAUGAUCAAGAACAUUGAAAAAGAGAGAAAUGUCUAUUCAGAGUAUGGUAUAAACAACAAGAGGAGUAACAACAGAUAGUUCGUAGAAUAUAGAUCAUCAAGGAGCAGUAGAUAGGCAUUUGGUUAUUUCACAAGAUCAAUCACACAAAGCCAGUCUCUUGCUUGCUCCUUCAGGUCGUCCGAUCAGUCCUCCCAAUGCCAAAAUCAUCAGCAUAGAGAGCAGUAACAACAUAUAGUUCGUAGAACAGAACAAACAACUAGGUAUUUUUUUUCACCUCCUCAUCCGUCUUAUACUAAUAAUGCCAAAGCCCGUUUUAGGCCCAGAACGACGCACCAACCCUUUAAUUUGGUGUGUUGCCCUACUCUGCACCUUCAUAACCCUAGCUGUGAUCAUCACCGGCCUCGUCGUCUUCAUCGGAUACAUGAUCGUUAGGCCAAAAGUUCCACAAAUGAGUGUCACAAGAGCAAAUGUAGACACUUUUGCCUAUGACAUGUCUAAUCUCCUAUCAAUCAAGGCCUUAAUUGUGAUCAAUGCUGAAAAUGGCAAUGUAAAAACCCAUGCAAGUUUCUAUGAGACAAUUUAUACACUAUAUUUCCAUGAUGUGAAAGUUGCCUAUUUAAGAGCUGACCCUUUUGAUGUACCUAAAAAUAGUUCAAUCCCAUUAUAUUAUCCCGUGGAGUCAACGUCGAUCGCGUUGACUACAGAGGAAGGAGCAAAUGCUGAGGUGGUAUUAAAUCAAAAAUUAGUGGUUCUUGAUCUUAAAGGGAGUUCAAGGACUAGAUGGAGAUUAGGGUUUAUUGGUUCUGUUAAAUUCUGGUUGCACCUUAAUUGUAAGCUUAAGUUACCAUUAAAUGGAAGUACCAUUUACCCGCCAAAAUGUAGCACAAGAUCUAGAUAACAUACUCGUGUUUAAUUAAUAAGUUUUAAGUUAUUUAUACAUAGUCAGUGUAAUUAAGUAAUAUAUACAUUGUCAGUAGUUCUUGUUUUCCUUUUUUUUUUGUUUUGUUUUUUGUGCUAACAACGAGGUACUUUGUACACCCUAGAAUUUCUUUAGAUUAAUGUAAUGAGAUUCAUGAAGAAGCAAUAUAAUAGUCUACAUUUGUCAA